AUGCAGUUUGCAGUGUGGCUGCUCGGACUAACGUGUCAUCUGUCAGCACUGGUCCGCGACACUUUGCAGUACCGACUGCACCCGAAACAAGAAAGCUUCAUCAAGCGGCUGUCAUCGUACGAGAUCAUCACCCCGCUGCGGCUGAACGACUUCGGGGAGUCGUUCCCCCCCACGCUGCACUACCGCAGGAGGCGCAGGAGGAGCCUGGCUCCCGGGGACGAGCCGCCGGCCCCGAGGGUCCUCUACCGGGUGGACGCGUUCGGGGAGAGCUUCCAUCUCAACCUGACCGAGGACUCCGGCUUCAUCGCGCCCUCGUACGCGGUCACGCACCUGGGUCGAGACCCGGACUCCCACCUGGGUCAAGACCCGGACCCCCAGGACCCGGGGGACAUGCGCCACUGCUUCUUCAGCGGACACGUCAACUCCAGGAGCGAGCACCCCGCGGUGUUCAGCCUGUGCACUGGCCUCAUUGGAACUUUUACAACACAACAUGGUGAAUAUUUCUUGGAACCUCUUUUAAAUGCUGACGGGGAGAAAUAUGUCGAGGAGGACAACAAACCUCAUCUGGUCUAUCGACAUGAGAGGAAGAGGAACAUCUCGAAUACCGGCAACCACACAGAGCCCUGUGCUGCCUCAGGUAACAGACUACGACUGACUAACCAUCCUGCCUUCUCGUUUGAGAGCAGAGGGAAUAUGGGAGAGGAGCUGGACUCUCUCAGAGUGACAAUAGAAGAGCAGCACUUGAAUGAAAACAACUCCACCGGCGCACACCCCCGAUCCCCACGAAGACACAAGCGUUUCCUCUCCUACCCCCGCUACGUCGAGCUGAUGGUGACAGCAGAUGCCAAAAUGGUCCGUCAUCAUGGGCGCAACCUAGAGCACUACAUCCUAACAAUCAUGUCAGUAGUAGCAGCAGUGUACAGGGAUCCCAGCGUAGGAAACCUAAUCAACAUCAUGAUUGUCAAGCUCGUCCUCGUUCACAAUGAACAGGAAGGGCCAACAGUGAGCUUCAACGCUGCUACGACUCUCCACAACUUCUGCGUUUGGCAGCAGACCCAAAACGUCCAGGACGACAGCCAUCCCUCUCACCAUGACACAGCACUUCUCAUCACCAGGGAAGACAUCUGCCGUGCGAAAGACAAAUGUGACACCUUAGGGCUUGCGGAGCUGGGGACCAUGUGCGACCAGUACCGGAGCUGCUCCAUCAGUGAAGAAAAUGGAAUUAGUGCCUCCUUCACCAUCGCUCAUGAGCUUGGCCAUGUGUUCAACAUGCCCCACGAUGACAACCCAAAAUGUAAAGAGGCAGGCAUGAAGCACCAGUACCACGUCAUGGCUCCCACCCUCAACUACGACACCAAUCCCUGGUCAUGGUCGAAGUGCAGUCGCAAGUACAUUACAGAGUUUCUGGACACCGGCUACGGAGAGUGCCUCCUCGAUGAGCCAGUAGGCAGAACGUACGAGCUGCCCACCCUCCUCCCUGGUCAAAUAUACAAUGCCAACAGACAGUGUGAACUGAUGUUUGGACCCGGUUCUCAAAUUUGCCCCUACAUGAAACAGUGCAAGAGGCUGUGGUGUACGAGCGCAGAGGGGGACCACAAAGGAUGCCGCACGCAGCACAUGCCACUGGCUGAUGGGACCGACUGUGGAAAUGGAAUGUAUUGCAGACACGGAAUGUGUGUAAACAAGGAGUUGGACCUGCAACCUGUUCACGGGGAGUGGGGAACCUGGGGGCCCUACAGCGUUUGCUCCAGGUCCUGUGGCGGAGGAACCCGGAGCAACAUCAGAGACUGCAACAAGCCUGAGCCCAGAAAUGGCGGUAAGUUCUGCGUGGGUCGCAGGAUGAAGUUCCGCUCCUGCAACACCGAGCCGUGUCCACGAGGACAGAAAGACUUCCGGGAAGAGCAGUGCUCCACGUUUGACGGCAAGCACUUCAACAUCAACGGUCUACCUCCCACCGUCCGCUGGGUCCCCAAGUACAGUGGCAUACUGAUGAAGGAUCGCUGUAAGCUCUUCUGCCGGGUGGCUGGGACGAUGGCGUAUUAUCAGCUGAAGGACCGCGUCACCGACGGCACGCCGUGUGGGCCGGACACAUACGACAUCUGUGUUCAAGGCCUCUGCAGGCAAGCGGGCUGCGACCACGUCCUCAACUCCAAGGCCAGGAAUGACAAGUGUGGAGUGUGUGGCGGGGACAACUCAUCGUGUAAAACCCUGGCAGGGACCUUCAACGAUGCACAGUAUGGUUACAACACAGUGGUGCGGAUCCCGGCCGGAGCCACCAACAUCGACAUCAAGCAGGUCAGCUACUCUGGAAAGCCAGAAGACGACAACUACCUCGCAUUAGCCGAUAGCCAGUCCAACUCCCUCCUGAACGGGAACUUUGUGGUGGCCAUGUUCAAAAGGGAAAUCACCUUCAAGGGAAUUGUCAUAGAGUACAGUGGCUCGGACACAAAAGUGGAGCGCAUCAACUGCACCGAGCGCAUCGAGGAGGAGCUUAUUCUACAGGUCUUAUGUGUGGGAAACCUUUAUAACCCAGAUGUCCGUUACUCCUUCAACAUACCAAUCGAGGAGCACAGGGAGCAGUUUGUGUGGGACCCCUCGGGCUCCUGGCUUGAAUGCAACCGCAUCUGUCAGGGUGAACGGAGGAGAAAGUCAGUAUGUGUGCGUAAGAGCGAUCACCUUGAGGUAUCAGACCAACGCUGUGAGCAUUUACCUCGACCCGUUGCUGCUGCUGAGCCCUGCAACACUGACUGUGAAGUCAGUUGGCAUCUUGCUGGAAAGAGCGAGUGUUCUGCUAAAUGUGGUCCAGGCUACCGCAGCCUGGACGUCCAGUGCAUGAAGUACAGCCUGAUAAAGAGACAGAGUGAGAGGAUGGAGGCCAGCAUGUGUGGAGCUGCUGCAAAACCUCAGAGCCGAGAGACCUGCCAUGGGGACUGUCAGCUGAAGAACUGGCAGUACAGCGCCUGGUCACAGUGCUCCAAGACAUGUGGACGUGGGAGCCGGAGCAGAGAGUCUUACUGCAUGAACAACCUGGGCAGACGGCUGAUAGACCGCGAGUGCAAUGAAUACCAGAGGCUGGUAACUGAGACGUGCAGCGAGCAGCCGUGUCCGAAGUGGAGCGUCAGCGAGUGGAGCGAGUGCCUGGUGACCUGUGGGAAAGGGAUGAGACACCGGCAAGUGUCCUGCACCACAGGCGCCGGGGACGAGAAGCUGAGCGAGCACUUGUGUGACCCGUCCACCAAACCGCAAGCUGUGGGGAACUGCGAGCUGCCCGAGUGUGCGUCCUGGCAGGUCGGCGUCUGGGGAGCGUGUGCGGUGACCUGUGGCCAUGGCUACCAGAUGAGGGCGGUGAGGUGUGUGUCGGGGGACUACGGCAACACAGUGGAUGACAGAGAGUGCAACGCUGCGGCGAGGCCCAGAGACAGUCAGGACUGUGAGAUGCCAGGAUGUCCAUGGACCUCUUCGGCACAAAGCACACCUCGACCUGACAACACAGCUCAGCUCCUGACUCAGUGGAGAUACGGCUCCUGGACUGCGUGCUCCGUGACUUGUGGCAAGGGGAAGCGAGCGCGUUAUGUCAGCUGCAGAGAUGCCCAGGGAGGAGUGGCCGACGAAUCACACUGCGCCCACCUGCCACGCCCCCCAGAGACCUCCGCCUGCUUCAGCCCCUGUGGCCAAUGGCGUGCCGGGGAGUGGUCUCCUUGUUCAGUAACAUGUGGCGCGGGACAAACCACCAGACAGGUGGUCUGCUCUAACUACCACCAGCCAGUGGACCAGUCCUUCUGCGACCCGGAUGAGAAGCCCGCGACAGAACAGGAGUGUACCGCUGCGCCCUGCUCCUCCACCUUCCACCGCCAGCGCAUCAACAACCAGCCCUACGGAUACCCACAGGACCCAGGACGCCAUCCAGGGCACAGCAGCUGGAACGUGCCCUCCACAGACAACCAGUGGAGGACGGGACCCUGGGGCGCAUGUUCCAGUACGUGUGCAGGAGGCUUCCAGAGACGAGUGGUUGUCUGUCAGGACGCUGAUGGACGCAGCAACAGCUACUGUGACGAGAGAGUAAAACCUGCCGAGUCCAAGAGCUGUGACUCCGGGCCCUGCCCUCUGUGGAACUACGGUGUCUGGGGAGAGUGCACCCAGACCUGCGGUGGAGGAAGGAGGACUCGUCUGGUGGUGUGUCAAAGGCCCAAUGGUCAGCGGCUCAACAACUACAACUGUGACAUCCUGGACAAGCCCACUGACAUGGAGCAAUGCAACCUGCAGCCCUGCCCAGGCUCCGCCUCCUGGCACCGCCGACCAUGGAAGCCGUGUUCAGUGACUUGCGGUCGCGGGACCAAGAAGCGGGAGAUAACCUGCGUUCUCCAGAACCAAACCAAAACAGAGGAGGAGCACUGCAGCCAUCUGCCUCGCCCGCGAACCCAGAAGGCCUGUCGGGCACGGGGAUGCCCCAGUUGGAAAGCCAAUAAGUGGAGGGAGUGCUCUGUCACCUGUGGAGUCGGAGUUCAGAGGCGAGACAUUUACUGCCGGCUCAAGGGCACCGGCCGGGUCAGGGAGGAUCUCUGCGCCGCUCACGAGCGUCCUGCUGUUACCCAACCGUGCCAAACCACAGAAUGCACACAUUACUCUUGGGUCGCCGGUGGAUGGGAAGAAUGUAACGCAACCUGCGGAGAGGGUAUGCAGGGGAGGAAGGUGGGGUGCAUGGACCCAGGGAUGACACCCGUCCAGGACGAUUACUGUGAGCCGCCGUCCCGGCCUGCGUUACACCAGCAGUGCACAAGAGCUCCCUGCCACUACAUGUGGAUCACAGGGGAGUGGUCACAGUGCUCUGCCAGCUGUGGUCUUGGCUACCAGCAGCGUAUUGUCUCCUGCUCCGUGGUUCCCUCCUCCCAGGCUGCUCACCCGUACACUGCUGCCCAGUCGUCCGCUGCCAGCAGCACCUACUGCCCCGAGCCUCAUCCUCCUGGAAGCCGGCCGUGCCUCCUCAGAGACUGCCCGCACACGACCUACUGGAAAGUUGGCCCGUGGAGCAAGUGCUCGCAGACUUGUGGUGCAGGAGUGAUGGAGCGCAGGGUGGAGUGUGUGAACUCUAAAGGCCAUCCUUCCAAACACUGCCUUCCACCAGAGAGACCUGAGUCUCAAGCUGCAUGUCAAGACAGAGAGUGCCAGAUGUUGGCAUCCUGUCUGGAGGUCCAGAUGAGACAGGGUCUGAGGAUGGAUGGCGAGUACUAUCUCAAAGUCAGGUCCAGGAUCCUACAGAUUUACUGUGCUGAGAUGCAGACUGAUUUCCCCAAAGAGUACGUGACCUUGCGAAGCGGUCAGACGGACAACUUCUCGGAGGUUUACGGUCACAGGUUGCUGAACCCUUUCCAAUGCCCCUACAACGGCAGCCGGAGACAGGACUGCGACUGCAGGAACGACUACUCAGCAGCGGGAUACACUCUUUUCCACAAAGUUCGUCUGGACCUGAGCUCCCUGAGGAUAAUGAUCACGGACCUCCAGUUUUCCCAGACUCUUCUCGGCCGACCUGUGCCCUUUGCUACAGCAGGAGAUUGUUACAGUGCAGCCAAGUGUCCACAGGGUCAGUUCAGCAUCAAUCUGAUCGGCACCGGCCUCAAAGUAUCUGAGGCCACCAAGUGGACAUCUCAGGGCAACUACGUGUCCGUCAAAGUCCACAGAUCCGAGGACGGGACAAGAAUCUACGGCCGCUGUGGUGGAUUCUGUGGGAAGUGCAUUCCCCAGGCUCACAAUGGCCUACUCCUUGAAGUCUAA